CGCUGCCAGCGCGGGGCCGGGCCGGGCGGGAUGCGGUGUUCUGGGGCGGAGGGCGCGGGGCGCUGAGUCGGCGGUGGCCCGGCGCUAUGCGCCGCUCCAGCACCGACGAGUCCACGUACCGGCGCAGCCCGUCGCCGGAGGGCAAGGAGCCGGGCUUCGCGUGCGGCGGCCCCUUCCGGCGCUACAGCAGCCUGUACCGGCGCGCGGGCGCCGGGGACGGCGGGGACAGCGGGGGCGGCGGGCCGUUCUUCGGCCUGCACUCCAGUCCCGGCCCCAAGGCGACCCAGACGCGCUAUACGUCGCCCAAGGGCAACAAGUACGUGGUCUUCUACCUGGACCUCUCCUUCAUCUUCCUCCUAGAGCUGAAGCGCUGCAGCAUGGCGCGCGGCUGUCUCCAGGGCGUCAAGUACCUCAUGUUCGCCUUCAACCUGCUCUUCUGGCUGGGCGGCUGUGGCAUCCUGGGUGUUGGCGUCUGGCUGGCGACCACACAGGGCAGCUUCGCCACCCUGUCCUCCUCCUUCCCGUCCCUGUCGGCUGCCAACCUGCUCAUCGUCACCGGCACUUUUGUCAUGGCCAUCGGCUUCGUGGGCUGCAUCGGGGCCGUCAAGGAGAACAAGUGUCUCCUGCUCACCUUCUUCGUGGUGCUGCUGGUGGUGUUCGUGCUGGAGGUUGCUGUUGCCGUCCUUUUCUUCGCCUACACUGACAAGAUUGACAGGUAUGCCCAGCGAGACCUGAGGAAGGGCCUGCAUCUGUAUGGCACUCCGGGCAACGUGGGCCUCACCAAUGCCUGGAGCAUCAUCCAGACGGACUUCCGCUGCUGUGGGGUCUCCAACUACACCGACUGGUUCGAGGUCUACAACGCCACACGUGUGCCUGACUCCUGCUGCCUGGAGUUCAGUGAGAGUUGCGGGUUACACACGCCUGGCACCUGGUGGAAGGCGCCCUGUUAUGAGACAGUGAAGAUGUGGCUCCAGGAAAACCUGCUGGCUGUGGGCAUCUUUGGGCUGUGCACGGCGCUGGUGCAGAUCUUGGGCCUGACCUUCGCUAUGACCAUGUACUGCCAGGUGGUGAAGGCCGACACGUACUGCGCAUAGGCUGCCCCACCUGCCACCCCUGCUUUGCCGCCAAAGGAUGUCACCACUGGGGAGAUGACCGCCCACCCCACUCCUGCUGCACGACUCCAGGCAGGGGGGCAGGAGCGGUGGGUGGCAGAGCCCCCAGGGCCCCCUGGCCUGUGAGCACCAUGCUGGGGAGGUGGCUGAGUGCUGGCCAUGGACCCGGUGGGAGGGCUUCUGGUGCCCUUCACUUCCAUGCAGUAUUUCCCUCCUGCCCCUGCCCAGGGUAGGAGGCUGGAGUUGGGGGUGAGGGGCUGACCACUGGUCCUGGUGCUCAAGGUGGGGCACAGCCUCAUCUGUACCCCACAGUGGGGUCAGAGCAGACUCCAGCUGCAUCUCAAUAAAGCCUGUGGUAGCAGCCUCCA